ACGGACAAAAGGCCCCUUUUAUAUAAAAACUGCCCUUUUAAAUUAACUCAGUUGGAGCGGUCUUGGUAAGUGCUUUAAUAAUUAUCUUAAUUGUUCUCUACUUGGGAUUUUUGUACUCUUUAGCGUGUGUGUGUGUGUGUCUUUAUGUGCUCGGUGAGUGCAUAGCAACUUCUGAAGAACCUUAGAAACCAUUUUGUACAUGAAUAAAUGUUAAUGCUAAUCCACGUUUCAGAUGCUUUCCAUAUUGCAUCAAUGAAGGUCAGAAAAACCUUCUGCUAAGUGGCAGAUACCGUAGUAUAGGUAAAGUUUGGAUCCUUUACAAGUCUACAAUUCUACGAUUCUGUGAUCUUAAAGGUCUACACAGGGGCAGAAUGUUCUUUGGGUAACCUGGUUGAAAGUUCUUUAGGGCUUUCUAUUUCCAGAGCAAGGACUUCAUCACCAUUCCUGUUCCAUCAUAGCUGCUAAUGCUGGCAAGGAGGUUUCCAUAUAAUUUGACCUACCCACUUGGUACAGAAUAUCCAUACAUGAGUGAUGCAAUUAACAAGGAGGACAGCACUAUUAACAAUAACAGUGGGGAUCUGGGGCUGGAGAAAGAAUCAGAGCAUUAAUCUACAGCUGUGAAGUCAAGAAGUGCUGGAGGGAAGGCUUAGUCCCAGGAGGACAAUGCAGAAGGCUAGUAAUAUUUUUACUUUGAGAGUCUGACCUUAUCGCUGUGGAAUGAUCUAAGAAAGCCAUCAUGGUGCAGAUCUAUUAUAUCUGUGUAAGGACUUGAUAUUUCUAAAACUGGGUGCAGACUAGCUUUUGAAUUCCCUUGUUCCUCCCCCCUGAGGAAGGCAAUGCUAUUAUUAUAUUUUGUGCUGUAAUAUCUGGUUGGUGCGCCGCAGUUCCCAAUUACCUCAGUUCCUUCUUCUUAGGGAUUCGAAUGGAAAGCCACACUUCAGAAACCGUCACAAAUUCGCCAUACCACCAAGUAUAAGAAAACCUUGUUAAACGCUAUAGGGAUCUAUCUGAAGGCUUUUCAGAAAUGCAUCUGCCGAAUCACAACACAUCGUGAUCAUAAGACACACGAAAACAAUUGAAAUUGAAUUGUCAGGGGGAAACCAUAGCAACACAUGGAGAGAUGGAGUACAUGUCUUUUAUGUAUGAAGGUUUGUAUUAUGUGGCUCACACGUGCACAAUGGAAGACUUGCAAGAACAAGUUUAACAGUUUACAACUGACACACAAUGAGAGGCACAUUUCAGAUUGCUUCCUCCUUUCAUGAACAAUUUCACUAUUUCGUUGAGGUGCAGCAACAGUAUCUCUGAUCAUUAUUGAGCUAAAGAAUUUGAAAUGUCUUGGGAUGGCUAGAGUAAGCACAGCAGAAGUAUGUGGAAUCAUAUUUGACCAGGCAUAAGAUUGGACCAUGUUUUAUGUGCAUGGUUCUCUUGAAUCUCUGUUUUAUUUGCUUGUAUAUGUUUCUAUACUGUUGUUUUAUUGGUUUUAGGCUGCAUUUUCAUUUUACUGGAUAUCAUCUUUAUACUGUAGCUAAUGGACACCACUUAGAGAUUUCUUGAAAUAUUGACUGGCUUAGAAAUGAAGUAUCAAAGCAAAUAAUUUAAAGGUGUGAGUUUACAUUCCAUUUUAAACAAGAACAUAUGAGUAUAUAUCAAGCAAUCUGAUGCCCUCCAGAUGUUACUGGAUGUUGGACAUGCUAGCUGGGGCUGACAAAAAGUACCACGUAGGCUACUCCUGGUAUAUAUGACAUUUGUAAACCACUGUACCUGAUUUUAAAGCCUUGGUCCCAAUGGCGAAUGUUUUCAAUCCGAGACCAUAAACGUUUAGGUAGAUUUUUAAAAAGAGAGUUUAUGCAGUAAACCGAGAACUCUUCAGUAAUAAUUUGUUAAUACAUAAUAUUUCAAUGGCAUAUUCUGUCUGUUAAGUAAAAAUUCUGUCAGUUAAAUAAAAAGCCUGCUCUAGGGCUGCCAUACGUCCGGGUUUUGCUGGACACAUUUGGGAAUCACUCACCAAAAUGGCAUCCAGGCGGAGUUUUGCUGAAUCAUCAAAAUGUCCAGGAAAACCCAGAUAUAUGGCAAGUUGGGAAAUAUAUAUAUAUAUAUAUAUAUAUAUAUAUAUAUAUAUAUAUUCAAAGAAAAGCCCCCAAACAAGUUUGUCCUGAUUUUCACUUUGGGGAAUAUGGCAACCCUACAGUUUGAAGAAACAUGAUUAGCCAAACCAUUAACUGCAUGCCUUGUGGCAAUGAAGCAUAAUUCGUGUUGAUUAGAGGCCCCAUUUUCUCAAGUAGAAAAACCUUCAGAUCAAGGCUUCAAUGAAAUCCCUUAAAGUUGCAGGAAGAACUGACUAGCCUCUUUUAGAUACAUUGUGUUGACUAAGCAAGGAUUUCAUAUUCCCAUCCCCAAACAGAACUCUGCCCCAGUUCUUUAAAAAACAAUAACCCAAAAAUGUAAUAGGGGGUUCUGUUAGUGGUUGUUGUUGUUAAGCUCUGCUUUGUGUUCAGAGCUU